AUGGCUGUGCCUUCCACGGAAGACCUCAACCGGUAUCUUGAUGAAGCAGUUGCUGCUGCGCAGGAAGCCGGCAACUUGAUGUUGGAAUGCUUCGCCCGAAACGAUGCGCAGGCAAGUGUCGAGGAAAAGUCCUCGCCCGCCGACCUGGUGACAAAGUAUGACCGCCAGGUGGAAGAGCUGGUCCUCAAGCGACUGAGGACGGCAGCGCCAGAUUUUCGGGUGCUGGCAGAAGAGACUGCCAACAAGGAGGAGUUGACAGAUGCCCCUACGUGGAUUGUUGACCCAAUCGAUGGCACCACGAAUUUCAUCCAUCGGCAGGCAGAGUGCUGUGUUCUGAUCGGUCUGGCUGUGAAGAAGAAAGCCGUCCUUGGCGUGUGCUUCAUCCCAAAGUUGGAUGAGCUCUACACGGCUGUCCAGGGCCGUGGUGCAUAUUGCAAUGGGAGACGGGUCGUGUCCAGUGGCUGCAAGGACUUAACGACUGCGUUGGUCAAUCUGCAUUUGCCCUCAUACUCCCGCGGGCCCAAAGUGGUGGACCGUAUUCUGGGCAUCAGCCGCGAUCUGCUGGCCCACCCCAUCCGGGCCAUGCGCUGUGGUGGCUCUGCAGGAGUUGACAUGGUGCAUGUGGCCCGUGGCCGGCUGGAUGCCUAUUUCGAGGUCGGCAUCUAUCCCUGGGACGUUUGUGCAGGGCAGGUGAUUGUAGAAGAAGCCGGUGGCGUUUGCUGUGACACCCUGGGUGGUGACUUUGAUCUUGCGUCCCGCCGUGUGCUGGUGGCAGCAUCGCCUGAACUGGCAUCGCAGCUGGCCGUGCACUUGCGCAAUCAUAGCUACAGCUCCGUUGAAGCGGAGGACUACAAUGGGGACGUUCCUGAGAAAGCCUCAAAGAAACCACGAAUGUGA